GCUCGCGGGAAGAUCCGGACAGAACGCGAAAGCGUGCAUUGAAGCGAACGUUGAUUGAAGCCACAGCCGGUUUUGGAGGCCGCCAUUCCGUUCCCCACUGCCCGCCGAACGUGCCAACUUUGCGCGACCGCCGCGCCUUGGUUUUCGACGCCGCGAAAUGACCGGGUGUUGUGUGCCGUUCUGUUCGAACAACUCCAGAAACGGUUGGAGGACGUUUCGCUUUCCGAGAGAUCCGAAAAGAAGACUUCAGUGGAUCGCGAACGUCAAGCGCGAUAACUGGCUCCCGAAAGACACGUCCAGCGUGUGCCAAGCUCACUUUGUAGAGGAAAGCUUCGAACAACACCGCGCCGAUGGCUGGAAGAAGCUAAAGCCUAAUGCUGUGCCGACGCUUUUCCCGCGGAAGGAGCCUGCUCGCGGUAGAAAGUCGCGGAAACUUUCAACAGGAGCAGCAGCGCCAUCUGAAGCGAACGACGGUUCGACUCCCACCGAAGGACCCGCAGGCCUCGUGUCGACGGAGGCGGAGGUACACCUGCUGCCGUCCUCCAAUGGCGACGAUACGUCUCCUCGGCGGAGCAGCCGCAUCAGGACACGGACACGGCCAGCCAAGACAAGGAGGACGCCGCGGCGCACGACCGCUACGAAAGUGUCGGACGCGCCGAAAGCUGUACCGCUAGAGUCUCCUUGUUCAAAAAGUGCCUGCGUCGAAUCUCGAGAACAGCUGGCGGUCAUGAUCAGGAGGCACGAUGAACUCGUGGAAGCCUACGGCGUUGCGAACUCGACCGUUGAGACGCUUAGGAGUAGGGUCGAGGAAUUGGAGAACACCGUGGAAAUCCUUCGACAGCGUCUACAGCCUCGCGAAAGUGGAGACUUUCAACCGUCGCCGUGAGAUAU